AAAAAAAGAAAAGGAAGAAAGAGCGAGGGUGGGAGGGAGAGUGUUACAGAAAAAAAAGAAAGAUGUCAUCCUCUCGAUUGAAAUGCCGAGGCGGAGCCAUGGACUACGACCGAUGAACCGCUCGCCAGACAGGAAUAAGAUUUAACGCAACACCGAGGCUUGCUCACAUACCGCUCAGGCCCAGAAGCGGAAUCUUACAAUAAACUAGGUUGCUUUUCCCACGCCAUACGUGCCGAGCGACCGCUGAGUACACAGACAACAUCAAAAUCUCAUUUUUGAACAUUGUGUUAUUUUUGCAUGAUUUUUUCACACAGCUGUCUCAUUUAUAAGCCACCAUUCCAGCAAAACUACAUGUGAUGUAUUAUUUAAAGCAUGAUAAAUAUGACUGUUAAAUUUUAAUUUGCGAAUGUGGCGAUAUAUUCGCUUAGAAAAUUAAGACUUUGUGAAGCCUGUUAAUAUCAUAAGAGUUUUAAAAUUUGUUUUUAAUUUAUCGUGUUUUAAUACUAGUUGAAUAGUAAGUUAAUUUACGGCAUUGGAGCGUGUUUUCAUAUCUUAAACAUUUUUAAUACUAUAUCAUCGUUCAUGUUAUUAGUCUCCUUUCGUAACGGACAAAUCAGGUAAAACAUUUUAGAUAAUUGACGUAAAGGGAGAUCUUAUCCGCGUACUGUGUCUCAGACGUAAUUGCUUUAAAUUAUCAUAACCACGUCAGUUCAUCAUCGCCCCUCAAGAUGGAUGCAGCUUGGAGCAAUUUCCUUUUUCAGACUCCUCCUUCGCAAUCCCAAACGGACACUACCCUCCAAUCAGAUCUGCUGCCAGAGCUCACUGACGCUCACCCGGACCCUCCCACAGAGCACAUAGCCCCACCUCCGUCCACAGUGGACACAGCAGCGCUCAAUGAGGAGCCAGAGCCAGUUAAACCUGUCCCUCGGCCUGCCCGGCCUGCUCAUAUCUGCUCCAUAUGUAAUAAGCAGUUUAAGAACAGUUACAACCUGCGACGUCACCAGUCUGUUCACACUGGUGUGAAAAUGAAGGACAGAGCAGCCAGAGAGAAAGUGGAUGGAGGAAAGACAGGUGCACGUGUGGAGAGGCAGACUAUUCCUCUCUCUCUCCUCCAUCUGUCUAUUCCUGCUUCAAUUCCAACGGCUACGGACCCCAUGACCCACCGUCCCUCGAUCAGCAACCAACAGGUGGAGACGGUGGCUGUAUCUAUUACUCCAGCAACUGUUGCCAUGACAGUGGCCCAGCCACUCCCAGCUGCUGUAGUGGUUACUGGGACAAUGGUACAGACUGCACCAACCUCCAAUGCUACAGAGCACCCAAGCGUUACCAGCCCAAUCCAAAUCUCAAUCCCAAUCUCAAAUCCUCACCCUAAUCCUAGUCCUAACCCCAACCCAAACCCUAAUCCGGUAAGGAAGAAUCACGCGUGUGAGGCAUGUGGGAAGGCUUUCCGUGAUGUGUACCAUCUGAAUCGGCACCGGCUCUCCCACUCGGAUGAGAAGCCAUACUCCUGUCCCAUCUGUCAGCAGCGCUUUAAGAGGAAGGACCGGAUGAGCUACCACGUCAGAUCCCACCAGGGAGGAGUUGAGAAACCUUACGUGUGUCCCCACUGCGCCAAGGGUUUCUCGCGGCCUGACCAUCUCAACAGUCACGUGCGGCAGGUGCACUCCACGGAGAGACCCUUCAAGUGUCCGACAUGUGAGUCAGCAUUUGCUACAAAGGAUCGGCUACGUGCUCAUAUGAUCAGACACGAGGACAAAGUCCCCUGCCACAUUUGUGGCAAGCUGCUCUCUCCUGCAUACAUCACAGAUCACAUGAGGGUCCACAACCAGUCCCAGCAUCAUGUCUGCCACCUGUGCAACCGCAGCUUUACUACACUGACCUACCUGCGCGUCCAUGCCCAGAAGCACCAUGGGCAGGAGUGGAAAGAGAGCAGCGUGGGCCGAGGCUCAGGCCCUGGCGGUGUGCUGUUGUGCCAGCUAUGUGGAGUUCACUGUAAGACCCCCACCCAGCUCCAGGGUCACAUGGCCACACACGCCACCCAGGCAGAUCCCACCGCUCCCAGCGCCAUCGGCAGCAGCAGUUCUGGGGCCACGGUGGCCACUGCCACCCCAGUCUCCAGCCCUCCAGGCACUGUGGGCCUGCUGGUGACUGACUGCUCCAGCAUCGCUCCCCAGAGCCACAGCUAGCCCCAGGCUGCCGGGGCAGGAAUGCGGAGGGGGCCAGGGUUUAGGACUUUUAAAGAAAGGGAGAACGGUUGAAAGGGAACAGGCUGUAAUUGAGAAUCCAAACAAAGAAGUCCCCCGCCCUCCCUCCGCAGUCCAUGACACCUCAUAGCUCACAAACAUUCAGAAAGAGCUAACAAGAUUUUUUAACAUCAAGUUGGAGAUUUUAGAGCAAGAGGUUAUCCAGUCUUUUCAACUACUCAGAGACUUUCAGUUAGACAUGUUGGAGCUGUUUAGUCCGAUCUGCUUUGGUAGGACUGCUUGCUGUUCUAUGAGGAUCCAUUUGACUGCUGGGUUGCGUUGAAAUGUUACAUCAAUCACAUCCCAAUAGAGAUCCCAGUCAAAUGAAGGCUGUUAAGUGUUGUCCCAGUUUAUUAUAACAUGCCUCUAGUGAUAAUAAAUUUAGAAUCUUAAAACUAAUUAUGAGCUAUAAAUAUCCAUGUUUUCCAAUCUUAACUGCCUUUGGUAUUCAAGCAAAAUGACUAUAAUGAAUAUUACAUUGUCUGUAUUGUCCAUAUUACAGCACAUCUAGGCUGCCUUCUUGGAGGAGAUUUGCAGCUGUAUGAUAGGGGAUCAAAUAAAGUACCAUUUCCUGUCAUAAAUUCCAGGAACCUGUAAAAGGUUCAUUCAGAAUUAAAUGUCCAACAAGUAACUAUUUGUAUUGUUUCUCAUGUGUGGAUAUAAAGGACUAUUGUUAAGUGUUUUUUAAGAUUCCUCACUGUUGUUGAUUUAUCUUAAAGUUUUGACCAAGGAUGUAAACAUCGUUUGAUGUUGCUUAACAUGCUGCAUAAUGCUUUAUCCUUGACCAUGUUUGUGUUGAAGCUUGUUGAACGCCAAUAUUUGUUGCUGUCACUGUAUCAAUAUCUAAUUAAUCAAUGUACAAACAACGAACAUACACCUAAUUACAACAACUUUAACUAACA